CAUUCCAGUCUGUAAAAUCAAACUCUGCGACAACGGGUUGUUUUAGAGUUUUCCCAGAAGAAAGCAGACAUGUGUUUAUGCUAUAGCUUUAAUGUUAUAACCUUAAUAUUAGGUACUCCAGAUAUGUAUGGCGACGUAUAUAUACAGUAUAUAUUCUUUCUCCUUUAGAAGAAAAUGUCUUUCACUCCAACAUUGCAACGGAAUGAAAAACAACUGGUGAACGAAUAUACACAGCAUAUCCACAUAGAUCCACCACAGUAUCAUUGCUGGCCUGAAUCAAACAUGAAGGGUGCUCAUUUUUUUUGCACAUUGUCAGUGGCAUCACAAUCAUUUUCAACAAAACAGGCAUACAGGACAAAAAAACUAGCAGAAAUGGAAGCUGCGAAACUGGCCUGUGACGCUUUAAAUUUAAGAAUUCUUAAUUCUAGCUCGGCAAAUCUCCCAAACCACGCCAAGGAAUCUUUAACUGCAGCUCCAAAGAAUUAUCCACAUCACAAAACAAUAGCACACAAACCAACCGAUGCAAUUGCUGUGUCUUCCAUUACUGAGGUUUACAAAUAUCUAACUGAUGAAAUGUUAGCUAUCCUCUUUAAAAGUCUUCUGCAUCAUCAUGCGCAAGAUAAUAAAAAAGAUUACCCAAUAUUCCAAUCUCACUCGGCUGUCGAAAAUGGUUUAAAAGGAUGGUUUGGAAGUGUUAAAUUUGAUGGUCAAACCUUUAACAGCUUAGGUUUAAUGCAAACAAAAAAGCAAGCUGAACAAAGUUCAGCAGAAGUGUGUUUGCGAGAACUUGGUUAUUUACAAUACUUUACAAAUGAAGACCAAUUUACCAUACAAAAGUAUAAAGGAGGUCAUUCAGUUAAUUUUGCACCAAACAACAUCCCACGUGCAAAGAUAUGUACAACUCUAUUGAAUAUUAUUGCAGGACAGUACGCAAUGCAGAUACCAACAUGUCAUGCAAAAGAAGUACAAGGUAAACAGUACAUUGGAGUUUGUUAUUUCGAUGGAAAGCUGUUUGAAUCUUCCUAUACUUUCAAUACAGCAAAUGAAGCCAGGCAAUCUAUAGCUAUGGAAGUUUUAAAAUUCCUGGGACAUUCUGAUGCAGUCAAAGAUACUGAUAUGAUGAAUAAAAUUCGUUUCCAUCGACAUCGCUCUUACAUACCUUGGGGAUUGAAAGCUACUCCUUUUUCGCAUGCGCCAAGUCAAUGGCGAGGCUGGGUGCUGACACAUUAUAAAGAUAUACUGACACUCACUGGUGACAACUUAAGUGAAGAAGAUAAAAAGAUGAUUGUUAAGCAAACACAAGAACCAGACAGCCUUAAUGAACUGUUGUUAAGAGAACCAGCUAUUCUUGGAGUUGCUCUCAAAGAUAAGACAGAUUUAUCAAUGGGUGAAGUGUCUUUCGAGGACAAGGAUAUUGUGACUGUGGGAAAUAAUGAAUUCUCUAUACGAAUGUAUUGCGAAAAAAAAACUUUACACUGUCGAAACAGAAAGCGGGAUGUAGAAAUUAUGCCAGGUCAUCGUGUUAUUGGUCUGACUAGUUCCUACAGAGUGUGUUCACCGUCUCUUCAAAUUUAUUUGAAAGCAGAAAGUUGUCAUGACCUCUAUUUUCCUAAUCCUGCUUUACCAUGCGUUCGUAGUUGUUCUGGAAUAUUUCUUUUACAUGAUCAUGAUAUGGGAGAUGAUGUGUACGUAAUGUUACAACGCUCAUGUAGUGACGAAUCAUUUGCACCAGUAGGGAACACACUUGCUAUGUACUUCGGUCAAAUAAUCAGUGGUAAAUUAAUCCCAUUAAAUAUAGAGAGUAUGACCAAACAUAUUGAUAAAUGGCUUGAUAAAGAUGUGCGUCUUCUUAGUGAGAUGACCAUGGAUUCAAUGAAGGAAUUGUUUACUUUUUUAUACAAGUAUGAUGAUCGUUGGAAUGAGAUAUUUGUUAAAGAACUUCCUAAAGAAUUGCUGAGGUUAAAGAAUAUCUGCAAGAAUGAAUUAUCCAAAAGAGAAGUUCAAAAUAAACAUUUAGUAACAACUGAUGACCGUCCUUGGAGGCUUCCUGGGUCAAUGUUUAAACACAGGUUAUUCAAUACUGGUAUACUGCUUGAAGACUCUCACUUUUGCAUAUUCCGUGCUGUUCGAGAGCAUGCUGGUAUUCGAAUCAAACUUGGAGAAAUCGAGACAUCCACUGUCCUUGAUUUACCAGUCACGGGUAAUCCGAAUCCACAUAGAGGAGACGUUGAUCGUUAUUAUAUUUGGAGCAGGUGCAGAAGCAAUAAUGAGGAUGGAGAAGAUUAUUAUGGUGAGCCAGAUUUGCAUUUACCGAAUCCAGAAGAACGAUGGACUUGUGAUAAAGAUGCUAUCAAACGAUCAAAGACGAAAGAAAGGAGUCGUCUGAAUGAUCUAAAGCGAAAAGCUGAACUUCUGCACGAAGCGUCGCGGCACAAAUUUUCGAAGUUAGAUGACAAUGAAUCUAGUGGCAAUUUCGUUAAAGCAGAACGAUUCGACGUCAAGGAAGAAACGACAUCAGCUACUUUUACGCCGUCGCAACACCGGGAAGUUAUUCACGACGAAUGUCGUUGGUUUACGGUAUCAGAAGCGAGAACAAAAUGUCCCCUCUUCGAUGGUAUAUACGAAACACCAGAAGUGCAAAAGGAACUUGCAAGUCUGCGGUAUAAAUGUACUGAAUAAAAAAGCGUUAUCGUUUUUGAAGAGUCGCUCGGAGACGAAUUUAAAAACAAAGGUAGCGUCUUUUUCAGAUCGCUGAAUACAUAUUACAUUAAAGAUAAAAAACUUUGGCGAAAACUUUGGCAAAAAAAGAAGAUCGUAAAAUGACUGGCGUAAACUUUGGCGAAAAAAAAAGGUCGCAAAAUGACUGGCGUAAACUUUCUAGAAUGGUGAAAUAACUGUAAAACAAACGCGUCAUAUUGAUUUGUUAACGAAGAAGCAGUAUCCAAGUAAACUUGGAUACUUGGACAGCGUAUGACCUUGCGGACACAAAAAAACACAGACAGUUUUUGUGAUCAAUGAGUUAACCAAUAAAGUUUUAAAAAAGGUUUUGAACCGCCUUGGCUAUACAUAGGACUUGUUCUCCACUACAACUGUUUUUUUUUUAAAUUCAUUACCUAAUAGGUAAAAAAGGGCCGUUGAAAAUUUUUACUCGGCAAUUGUAUUAGAUACUUGCUUAACAUUUAUUCACCUUUUGCCGAAUAAAUUUAAGAACCUAA